GAGAGAGAGAGAGAGAGAGAGAGAGCUCCUGCACUCACACAGAAUACUGCAGCUCUGUCUCAGAUUCCACACAGCCUCUGCAGCUCCCUCUCUGUCAUACAGGCACGCUCAUUCAGUGCGAGAGCUCACCGCCACUCAUCCUCUCUUCUCUACCCCUCGCUCCUCUCCUCUUCGGACUGCUCUUUUAGCAAGUGCGUCAGAGGGUGGGGAAACAAACAUGCCGGGGGAAACAGCGGAGGGUCUGCUGGACAGAGAGACGGACACGGAGCUGCCCGGACCAGACUUGUCCAGACAGGCCUCCAGUUCUACAGCCUCUACACCAAGCGACAGUGCCUCCACCCCUUCUCCUAGCAGCCCACCCAAACUCUCCCCACAAUGUACCUCUCCAUUUGGGCCGCGCUUGGUUAUGGCAAAGCCAAAUACUUCUACUCGGCCUCAACCAGAGGGCGCAAGCUUUGAAACAGAUGGACGGUCAGUAGGCCGGCUAACAGGACGGUUCGGCAAAGGAGUAUGUAGAAGGGGACCAGUAAAAAUGGAGAGGAUCAAAGUCUUAACUGGGGCUGAGGUGGAAAGUGACUACCAAGAACCUGAGUCCAUGGAUGCAAGGGUCGUUAUGGGACAAGAAGCUCUGCUGAAGAACAUGGAGACACAGAUUGGUGUGCUGCUAGGCAAAAAGACAGGUGAGGAGAUGUCAAGCUCUGAAUCCCACACCUCUCAAACUUCAUCACCUUCAGUGGAGGAACAAACUUGGGUGGAAGAGAAACUCAAACUUGAUACUGGUCAAGAGAGUCCCAAAUCUGAGCAGGAUAAAUCUUUGACCCCAACUCCUGAGCAAGAGAAAAGCUUAAAUCAGCUACUUGAAUGCACAGAUCCAGAGCCUGAAGCAACAGACACUGGAUUGCCAGAAAGCAGCACCUUUUUCCCAGAUGAUGAGGGAGACCCAGUCUCUCUAUCUCAGGGUGAAGUGCCUUCCUUAUCCUUUUCCGAGCCCUCAUACCCAGUUGAUCCCCAACGAAUUGGUGUCCUUCCUGGAUUGGACCCAGAUCGUUAUUACACAGCCCCUUCCACCCCUAUUAAGAUGGCCUAUUGCUCACAUCUCAAGCAACAGUGGCACCCAAACAGUCCAAGCACAGGUCCUGGUUCACCAACUGAUGAGUCUGAUCUGUGCUCCCCACCCACUUCUCCAUCUGGAUCUUACAUUACUGCUGAGGGAGGCAGUUGGACCUCGUCCUAUACCUCCAGCACCUCUCACUCCUGUUCCCCAAAUCUCAUUGCAGAAGCAGAAUUGCAAGAGGCCCCUGCUUGCUAUGUGGGAUCUCUGUCCGAAAUUGGAGAUGAACUGGGAGAUGAGCGACUGGGAGCUGAUAGGGAGCAUUGCCUGUGUAAGCCUGUCAUGCCAGGGCUAGUCGAAGAUGUGGAGUAUGCAGAGGAGAGGAUAACAAGGGAGACCUGCAGGCCUCACUGGGUGACUGAGAAUGUUUCUCCACACAGGAGCAGUAGUGGCAGAAGCACAGACUCACAAGAUGGGUUAGGAGGGUCUGAGGCUUCUUUAGUGCAGGCAGAAAUUCAGCGAGCCACUGACAUAACCCAGCCUUUUGAUGAUCCCGAUCAGGAUCUAGAACUGGACCUUGAUGCCUGUGUCUCAGAGCACUUUGCCAGACUGGAUGCCCCUCUAAGCCCAGAAGAGGACUUUCCCCCAGAUUUGACAUCUUCUUUUCCCUUCAGUCACCGACUGGCAACAGCUGCUACUGCCCUGGAGACAGGCAGCCUAACCCCUGCCACUUGCUCCUCAGAGAUUUCAGACACUGACAACAACAGCUUGUACAGUGAGAUGGGAUCUUCUGCUCUAUUCUUCCAUGGGUGCUCUAGAGAUGACGGACCCGGUGGAGAUGGAAUGAUUCCUGCCUCCCUGCUGCCUGUCCAUGCCAGCUUGAUAUUCCAGGCAGAUUCCAUGGAGAUAACAUUAUUCCCAACAGAUGAGGAACCUGAAAAUGAUGUCGAUGCAUAUGCUGCUGGAGAGGAAGAAGGUGAUGUAGACGAGUAUGAUGAUGAGGAUGAUGAUGAUGACAAUUAUUUGGAAGAGCAAGCAGAAGCCUUAAAGACUGGGCCAAGGGAUGUGGAUGACCCAAAUGAGGAGGACACAUCUGCCUCUUUCCUAAAUUCACUUUCAGAGAACUCCAUAAAUGAAGGGGUAGACGAGUCUUUUGCUUAUCAGGAUGACACAGAAGAGUCAAUUGAUUCCACUUCUUGUAACGGAGAAGAAGAAGACCAUCUGUACAGCACAGAGAGACAUGCUGAAAUUGCCCAGCAAUUUCCAGGACAAGAUGAUCAUGUGGAGUCAAUAACCCAUGCACGACCAGAGUCUUCUGGAAGUGAGAGUGAAAUGGAGAUUUCCUCUGAAUCCUCUGAGCUUCCAAAUGUUGUGGCUCACGAGCAUGUGCCAGUCUGCACUACAAGUACUGAAGACAUGAUCAUGCCAAAAUACAUUGAGAGGGAAUGUACAGAGACAGCCGAGAUCAUGGAACAAACUGGGGAAGAUAGUCAGUGCACAGAUCUCAAAGAAACAGGAGAAACAGACAAUCCAUGCUGUGUGGAGCCUCAACAGACAGGUCAUUUAAGGACCCAGGAGUCAGAAAUUCAAACAAAAUCAUCAGAACUAGAUGAAGUAACUGAAACAUGUAUUAAACCAGUUCUUUGUAUGCUUGGUGCCACUGCAGCAGGCAUGGACCAUGAAUUCAAUUUUCAGGACGACCAGGAGCUAGAUCAGAAAAAUGGAAACAACUCUGAGUUCUUGGAUACUUCACUGAGGCUUGAUGAGACUGCAACGAAUGACCUUAACAAAGGAGUCCCUUUGUUGUCUUACCCUAAAGAUGACUGUAGCCCCACAAACAUACCAGUUUGUGCCUAUCCUGAGCUGUCAGAAAUACCAGAUAACUUAACUCCAGCUGAUAUCUCCCCAUUUGAACACUCUCUUGACCAAGAUAACCUGACAGAAAAUCAUCCUGGCCCUGAAGAUGUAAGUCUUGGCCCUUUAAAUAUGUCCUCUGCUACUUACAGCAUGCUCGCCAUUUCACCAAAGAAAGAGAACUCUGAAAAUAGCAUGUCAGAAAGGAGUGUUUCAUCAGAGGGUUGGGCUCCAGCUGAGCCCUUGUCCCUGUCAUUAGGGGAAUGCUGUGACUUUGAGGCAGAGAAUUUGCUUAUGUGUGAGACAGCUGGGUCACUGCACAACAAGGGCCUAUCUGUAACUCCCAAUAUUGCUGCUGGAGAUGACAUCAUGGGUGACCUUGAGGACAACAACAGCUACUGUGACUUGCCAGAGAAGAUGGCAGAUAUUGAGGCUGGCAUGUUGGAGUCAAACCUGUCCACUUGGAGAUCCAUUGAGGACCUGUCAGAAGCAGGAGGGGGUGAAGAUGAUGCAAACAUCCUUCAAAACCCAGAAAAUAAUGCACUUAUACAAUGCAAUUCUGAAAAACUUCUGGUGACCACAUGGGAAGAUCCAGAAAAGAGCUGCAUCCCAAGUGCACAAUCUACACUAAAUAUACUUUCAGAUGAUGGGAAAGAUGACAAAGAUCAGACCCCUAACACAGAGUUUAACAUUCCAGGAGAAUCCAUUUCAAACCUAUGCAAGGACGGAACUGAUGUUUCUCCUAAACAGUCACUGCAAGUCCUGGAAUCAGCUCAAGAAGCACAGGCUCCAGCUUUGAUUGGUUCUUAUGAACAAAAUGAUCUCUGUGGUCCUACCACAACAACUGAUUUACCAGACCAAUCAAACAACCCAGUUGCUGUCUCAGAUUCAUGCCUAUCACUGAUCCAUGAAGUCCCUAAACAAAUUUGCCUGGUAAAUGAAUCCACAGUCUCUAUAAAUGAGACUAUCUUCAAAUUAGAAGGGGGGGCAUUUGGCACCUUCACACCCAGAAAGAAAUCAAGUGAUUCAAAGCUUGAGAGUUCCUCUUCCGACAACUGUCUGACACAAAAGGAAACAGUAACAUGCACUAAUGAGAAAGGUUUGAAUGAGAAACCAAAUAUAAAUAGCAGACAGUUGCAGUCUAACAUUACAAAAGAGGAAAGUCAACAGAAUUAUGGCAGUCAAGUCACUGAACCAAAGACUGAAAUUGCCUUUGAGGAUCAGAUCAGGGAUGUAUGUAUGUCACCGAUGGAAAAGGAAGAUGAGGAGGCUGUGAAAACAUGUCCAGAGGAGGAGGUAGACAAAGAUGCUGGAGAAAACAGUGAACUUUUGGAAAUGAACCAAAAGGACACAGAUGUUUUGCAGAAAUUAAGUAUCACUGUGACAGAAAAAACAUGCAAAGAGCAUCCAAAAGAGGAGGUGAACGAAGAUGCUGCAGAAGCUACAUCUGUUCUGGAGACAAAACAGGAUGUUACAGACCCUUUUCCACAAUCAAAUAUUUCUGAAAGAGAAAAAGGAGAACUGAAUGACACCACAAUAAUUUUUGCUGAAGGAACAGUUGAUUCAGAUGAUGGCACGAAACCAAAGCUACAUGUACCUUUUGACACCAGCGUAGUUUCUGCCCUGGAGGAAAAGGAAGAGAUCCAAAGUAAAGACAGCACACCUGAGACUCAGAUGUGUCAAAUGCCGGAAACCGAUACAUUCAGUCAGACUGAAACAUCUAUUGAAAAUCUUCAGCAAACAGACACAAAUUAUGCUGCAACAGAGAAAAAUGAACAAGACCAAACACCAAAUCAGUUUAUUUUCCACCAUGGGAGCUCUAUCUCCAACACUCUGGAAAGACAAGAUAAUUUGACAGAGUCAGAGAGUCUGACAAAAGCAAAUAGUCUUGCCAAUACAGAUCAAGAAAAAGAACAUGACCAUAGCACUUUAGAGGGGCUGAAACUUCAAGAAAGCACACGGGACAUCAAUGAUAAUCAUGUAGGGAGCACUUUGGAGAGCACAUUUGAAACAGCAAGCUCAGAACAGAGCAGGCAGUCCCCUCCUGUCUCAUCCAUAUAUGUGCUGGAUGAGGACCUUCCUACCCCUAUACAGGAAUCACAGCCUUCAAGUGACAGUUCCCACUUACACGGUCUUCUCACUCAUACAGAAUCAGCCACAAUUGACCAGCCAUGUCAAGAUAAGUUACAAAGGUCCUCACAUGUCGCCAAUGUGGAAGUGUCAACAGUGGAGUCUGAGCAAGAAUUACCAGCCUCCUUCCCCAUAGAGGACAUGCAAAGGGUGCAUGAGCAGUUAACUUUACAAUUGAAGCCAAGCAGACCAGGGAACUCAGAAGCAGUAUGCCAGGUACACAGAACAGAGCCUUCUAAAAGCCCCAAAACCCUUCCCACUGGAUGUAUGGGACACAGAAAUGCUAGCCCUGCUCGCAGAACGCCCACCUUGACCAAUGAAAGGGAGAUCUUACCCUGCAUUAACCCCACAUUAAAUUGCCCUGUUGAAACAAGGCAAAAGCCAGCCGGAAAGCACAGUAACCACCAGGACGGAUGUUCAAUCAGCUACAGAACAAAGGAUUCAGAUGACAUGGAUCUGUCCUUAAAAAACAACAUGGGUUCCUGUAAUGAUACAGACAGUGAUGGUUCAGUUCCUGAGCUGGAAGAGCCAGAUGGGAAUCUUCUAAGACCCUCCGACCCACAGAUAUCACAUUCUGCAGCUGAUGAGUCAGUGAGCAAAACUAAGCAGAGCCGAAGUGAGAAGAAGGCUCGGAAGGCUAUGUCUAAGCUUGGGCUGAAACAGAUCCAUGGAGUUACACGCAUCACCAUCCGGAAGUCCAAGAACAUCCUCUUUGUUAUCACUCGUCCAGACGUCUUCAAAAGCCCUGCAUCAGACAUCUACAUAGUCUUUGGAGAAGCCAAGAUUGAGGACCUGUCACAGCAGGUGCACAAGGCUGCGGCAGAGAAGUUUAAGGUUCCCCUUGACCCUUCGCCUUUGACCCCAGACAUCAUCCCCAGCCUAACCAUAAAAGAGGAGAGUGAGGAAGAAGAGGAGGUGGACGAGAGUGGACUGGAACAGAGAGAUAUAGAGCUGGUGAUGGCCCAGGCUAACGUGGCUCGCGCUAAAGCUGUCCGUGCACUACGUCACAACAAGAACGAUAUCGUCAAUGCUAUUAUGGAGCUGACCAUGUGAGAGAAGAGGUCUUGCCUGCCCCCCGCUUCUCUCCCUGGCAUACCCAUCUCCCCUCCCAGUAAUGCUGCUACAUUGUACCUUCGAUACCCCUUACCUGCUGAAUAAACUCUGUUAAAACCGGAGCUAGCUGUUGUUUCAGUUGCCCCUAUGUAGAAACCAAAUAAAUCUGAGAUCACCCA